AUGUCCGCGCCAGCAUCCGCGGCCCCGUCCGCGCCCGCGUCCGUCGCCGCGCCGCCCACGCCGGGCAGCGUCGCGCCGUCCGCGGCGCCGCCGCCGGAGCAGCCGUCCGCGUCGAUUCCACCGAUGCCGCCUCCGCCGCGUCCGCCCACGGGGACUUUCGCGUACCCGUCGAUGCCGGCGCUGCCGCUCGGUGGGCCGCCCCCCGAGGUGCUCGUCUCCCCGGAGCACAUGCACGCGUACGCGGCGAACUGCCGGCGGACGCUGCACUACGCGGUGAACGGCACGCUGCUCGCGAAGCGCGACCACAUCCUGCAUCAGAUUGGGCGCCUGCGCGCGAAGAUGCUCGAGGUGGCGCACGUCCGAGGGGUAAUGGAGCGCGACAUUCAGAGCGAAGCGAGCGAGGCGCUGCAGAGGCUCGCGUCCGCGGAGGCGCUGAAGCAGAUGAAAGUCCAGCGGGAGGUGGACGAGCUCGCGAGGCACGCGGACGCGAUCAACGUCCUCGCCGCGGAGGUGGAGGCGGUGACGUCCGCGCCGGACGCGAUGUCGUCCGAGUUCCUCGGACGGUACCGGGCGAUGUACGACGCGUGCGACCGCUUAGCGCGACGAUCGCUCCCGGAGCCCGCGGAGGUGAACGCGCUCGACUUUGAACGCGAAGCGCGGGUGUACACGGCGGCGUCGAAGGAACGCGACGCGUUGUCGCGUCUGUUGGCGGUGAAGGAUAACAUGAUUUGGACGUUAGUCGAGGAGCGCGACGCCGCGAAGGAGGAGCUCGCGGACGCGCAGCGGGAGAUCGAUCAGCUCAAAGAGGAGCUGGACGAGAUGCGAGCCGCGGCGGGGCAACACACGGUGGUGUACGCGGAGGGCGCGGCGAGUGGGGAAGCCGCCGAGUUGAACGAAACCGCGCACGUCGAGAAGGCGUGA